UGCUCCGCGUGAGUCAUGUGUUAACCCAUUUUUUGUUACCUGGAGUAUUAUAUAUAAUUAUUUUUUUUUUUCUGUCGCGAUGCCGGAACCUGCAAAAUCAGCUCCUAAGAAAGGCUCGAAGAAAGCAGUGACUAAAACAGCCGGUAAAGGCGGUAAAAAGCGCAAGAAGACGCGCAAAGAGAGCUACGCCAUCUAUGUGUACAAAGUGCUGAAGCAGGUCCACCCGGACACGGGCAUCUCCUCCAAGGCCAUGAGCAUCAUGAACUCUUUCGUGAACGACAUUUUCGAGCGGAUAGCCGGCGAGUCGUCGCGUCUCGCGCACUACAAUAAGCGCUCCACGAUCACGUCGCGCGAGAUUCAGACCGCCGUGCGCCUGCUGCUUCCGGGGGAGCUCGCCAAGCACGCCGUGUCCGAGGGCACCAAGGCUGUGACCAAGUACACCAGCUCCAAGUGAACGCUCUCCGACCUGCUAGACGUGGAAAAGAAUUACAAACAAAGGCUCUUUUAAGAGCCGCCCAGGUCACUAUGAAAGAGCUGGUCUUCCUGUUUUAAUAUUGUCAGUUUUUGCGGAGACAGUAAUCAUUAUUUAUGUUUACCGUUCGCAAAAAAAGCGAGAAUGAACUGUAAACAUGUAACAUUGCACUGUUUUCAUGUGUAACAAAAUAAUAAUACAUAAUAAAAACUAGAAGAAAGGAUCAAACUAACCAAAAACAAAAUAAAUUCCGUAUUCAGCGGUCCUUGUUCAGUUCUGGCACCGCGCCAAACAUAGAGCACGCUGCUUUCAACUAGGUCCGCGUCUUAGGUAUAUACCUCCUCGCUUACAGCCCGCCCUUUAUUUCUCUGAACACAGCGCGAACAGGAAAGGCAGAAUACAGCAGGAUGUCUGGGCGAGGAAAAGGCGGAAAGGGACUCGGGAAAGGCGGCGCCAAGCGGCAUCGUAAAGUUUUGCGAGAUAACAUCCAGGGUAUCACCAAACCCGCCAUCAGGCGUCUGGCUCGCCGCGGCGGCGUGAAGCGUAUUUCCGGUCUGAUCUACGAGGAGACUCGCGGGGUGCUGAAGGUCUUUCUGGAGAACGUGAUCCGCGAUGCCGUGACUUACACCGAGCACGCCAAGCGCAAGACCGUCACCGCCAUGGACGUGGUUUACGCGCUCAAGCGCCAGGGACGCACCCUGUACGGCUUCGGCGGCUGAACGCGCACUUCCGGACUUCACGCUCUGAACAAACAAAAACUCCUAAAGGCUCUUUUAAGGGCCGCCCAGUUAUUCUCUCAGAGAGCAAACUCCAAACUCUGCCUGUUCACUUUCACUGGGAUUGUUGUGAGAUUUAUUUCUGUACAAUAAACAUGUUUCUUAUUCUAA